AUGUUCAAACGUUGCGUCCUCAACACCACCCAAAAGCUCUCCACUACUAUUACCACUCCAAAGGCCACCCAAAGAUUCUUCUCCACAAGUCAAGCCGCAAUGGCUGGAAAGUUGGAAGGAAAGGUCUGUCUUGUUACUGGUGCUGGCAGUGGUAUCGGUAAAGGUGUGGCUCAGCUCUUUGCCAAAGAAGGAGGAAAAGUUGUGGUUGGUGAUUUGAACCUUCAUGCUGCUCAAGAAACCAUCAAGUCUCUUCAAAAUUCCUCUCAACAUUUAGCUUUGGCUAUGGACGUUACCAAAGAACAAGUUGUUGUGGAUUCCUUCUCUCAAAUUAAAUCUCACUAUGGAAAAUCCGUAGAUGUUGUGAUUUGCAAUGCCGGAGUUCAACAUAUUGAUCCAAUUGAUAAGCUGUCCUUUGAUAAUUGGAGAAAGAUUGUUUCCGUUCAUUUGGAUGCUGCGUUUUUGUGUACUCGUGAAUCCUUAAAGCAAAUGUAUGAACAACAGCAAGGUAAAAUCAUUUACAUUGGAAGUGUACACUCCAAGUUGGCAUCACCAUUGAAGGCCCCCUAUGUUUCUGCCAAACAUGGUGUUUUGGGAUUAUGUAGAGCCGUUGCUAAGGAAGGAGCAAAGAAGGGAGUUGCUGCCAAUGUGGUUUGUCCUGGAUUUGUUUUGACUCCUUUGGUUGAGAAGCAAAUUCCCGAACAAGCAAAGGAAUUUGGAAUUACAGAACAAGAAGUGGUAAAGAAUAUCAUGUUGAAGGACACUGUCGAUGGAGAGUUUACAACGAUCGAAGAUGUUGCACAAGCUUGUUUGUUCUUUGCUGCUCAUCCUAAUAAUGCAAUGACUGGACAAUCAUUGAUUGUUUCUCAUGGUUGGUACAUGCAAUAA